AACUUGCUAGAAGUAUUUAUAAAGAACAGGUGAACAAUCUGUAAAAGAUUACAUUUUACAAAAUGUACGUUGUUGUACAUAUAUUAAGUAUUUUAUUCUAUCUGCUGGGAGAAUCACUCAGCGAACCAUCUAAUAAAAAAUUUCCUGAAAACUUCCAGUUCGGCGUUGCCACUGCUGCUUAUCAAAUAGAAGGAGGAUGGGCAGACGAUGGUAAAGGUGUAAACAUCUGGGAUCAGCUAGCGCACACUCACCCUGAGAAAAUCGCUAACAAUGCAAGUGGAGACGUUGCUUGUGAUUCGUAUCACAGAUACAUGGAAGAUGUUGAAAUGCUCACAAAUCUGGGUGUCAACUUUUACAGAUUAUCGUUGUCGUGGUCAAGAAUUUUGCCCACUGGAUACACCAAUCAAAUAAACGAGGCAGGUGUGGAAUACUAUAAAAAUUUGUUUAGUGCCUUGAAAGAAAACGGAAUUGAACCUUUCGUCACUCUGUACCAUUGGGACCUUCCUGAACCCCUUCAAGAAAUUGGCGGAUGGCCAAAUCCUCUACUUGCCGAUAUUUUUGCUGAUUAUGCUCGGACGGUGUUUAGUUUAUUUGGUGAUGACGUGAAGAACUGGAUGACGUUCAAUGAACCGAAACAAACUUGUCUAGCUGGAUAUGGGGUAGGAACCUUGGCACCUAGUAUUUCUUCAAGUGGCAUUGGAGAUUAUCAAUGCGCCCAUACUCUAAUUAAAGCUCACGCUAAGGCUUAUCAUAUAUACGACGAAGAAUUUAGACCAACACAGAACGGAAGAGUAUCUAUUGUUGUAGACACCACGUGGUAUGAGCCUGCUAGUGAUAGUGACGAAGACAAGGAAGCUGCCGAAAGAAAGAUACAAUUUAACUAUGGCUGGUACGCAAAUCCAAUAUAUCACCCAGACGGUAAUUACCCACAAGUAAUGAUAGAUCGCGUUGCAGACAGAAGCCAAAAGGAAGGUUUUCCCAAAUCCCGUUUACCUGAAUUUUCAGCAGAAGAAAUCGAUUAUAUAAAAGGAACUUUCGAUUUUCUUGCUCUUAAUACUUAUACGACAGAGUUAGCAAAAUGGACCAAUGAUUAUGAGAUUGGAACCCCUUCAUAUGACGCAGAUGUCAGUGUAUCAACAUACCAAGAUACUUCGUAUAAUAGUUCAGCUGCUGGUUGGAGAGUAAUUCCUUGGGGAAUGAGACGAGUUCUCAACUGGAUCGACCAAGCUUACGACCAUCCAGAAAUUGUUAUUACUGAAAACGGAUACGCUGACGACGGACGAUUGACCGACGAGAAUAGAAUAAUUUACUAUGCUGAAUAUUUGACCAACGUUCUGGAAGCUAUAUUCGAGGAUGGCGUCAAUGUCACCGGUUAUGCGGCUUGGAGUUUAAUGGAUAAUUUUGAAUGGACAAGUGGAUAUACAGUAAAGUUUGGUCUAUACCAGGUGGAUUUUGACAAUCCCAACAGAACAAGAACAAUUAAAAGUUCAGCUAUAUAUUAUAAAAAUGUCAUCGCUAAUAAAUGUCUAGUUAAUACAUGUGAAGAAUGACAAAAAUAAAACAAGUUAUGGUUAUGUAAAUGCUAUGAAAUCUUGUAUAAUAAAACCUCAUGAAACGUGA